CCAUAAGUCCAGCUACCUGCCCCCCACCCAAUAUAAAUCCUGCCCACGCCCAUGUCCACUUGUGGAGUUUCUGGGUUCACUGCCUUCUUCAUAUGACGAAGCAGAAUCCUUUCAAGGCACCGUGGAGCUGGGAAAAGGCUAACUGUGUCCUGUGGGUGGGAAGUCAAGUCUCCACCCUUUCCAUCAUAUUUUCUUUGGCUUCCUGUGCUAUAAAGAACUCCGUUUACCAGGCAAGCAAAGUUCACUCUCUUCGCCUGGGGAGGUCCUGUGAGAGGUGACAGAGUGAGGGUCCUGUCUGCAGGUGUAAGGGACAAGUUGGCCAAAACCUAUGGCUCUGUUGGAGCUGCUCCCAGUUUUAGUGGCAAUGAUCAACUUGAGCCUCAUUCAGACAUACACAGGGGAACCCCUCAUUCCUGAUGAUCAACCUAUCCCUGCAUCAGUUGUGGAUACGGAUGCCCUCAUCCACUCCAGUGGUAUACAAAAGAGGGAGCUGGAAUGCUCAGAAGGAUACUAUCGUCACCCGGACGAAACCCACUGCUGCCUUAAAUGCCCCAGAGGAACUUACACUGCACAACACUGUUUAAACGGGGAGGAGACAUCUAAGUGCUCAGUCUGCCCUGAGGGUUCCUUCAUGCCGGAAUAUCAUUUCUCUGAAAGGUGUCUCGGAUGCCUUCAGUGCCGUAGAACCUUUGGACAAAUAGAAGUCUCCAAAUGCACCAGUGAGAACGACACAGUUUGCGGUUGUGGCGGUGAUCAAUAUCAAAGUAGCCACAGUCUUGACUUUAUGUGCAAGAGCUGCAGUGACUGUCCCGAGGGAAGAAUCCAGCAACCUUGUACUAAAUUCAGUGACACAGUAUGUGAGAGUGCCGCCAUGGAUUUUUUCUCCCAAAAUCAAAGGCUACCCAUGAAGCAGUUGCAGUCAGCCAGAUUGCCAGACAGACAGCGACAUCGGGCUCAGAAACGAAAAUUCUUCAAAUUCCCUUAUCGGCCUCUUAGUAAAUAGGAACUGAGGAAAGGCUGUAUACCUGGAGCUAUGGAUCUCUGCAAUGGAGAAGAGUUUUCGCCCAUUUCUGGCAUCGCUGGAACCAUGCUGCAAAACAUUUCAU